GACGCGCACGCCGAGAAAAGUGCAAACUUGAAUUUCUUUGUUCCACCACCAAUUUUCCACCGCAAAAAUAUUUUUUUUCCUUUUUGCGUUAAAUUUCUUUAGCUUAACUUAAUUGAGCGAUGUUCGAUUGUUGAAAACGGUUUAAAAUCCCAAAUUUGCGAGAGCUUUCCCGCCAAAUGGUACGCCAUCUUGUUUUAAUGCAUCACUCUGAAUGCAUCAUAGCGGGCAUGGAGUGGACUACGAUGGAUCCUUGGAGUGGUAUAUUGCUUUGAUGACCACUACCAACUGAUAAGAGUGAGGAAUUCUAAUUGGGGUCGCGUUUUUUAAAAAGACUUUUCCUUAAAUCGUAUUUCCAGUGUUAAUAUACAGCUAUUGAUUUGGCGGCCAUAUUGGAUUUCGAGCACUAUGUCGACAGAAAGUGAAGCAGAAAGCGCCGCUGAAAAGCAGAAUGGAGAGAAUUUCAACGAUGAAAUGAAGGUGAGGGAAUCGAAGAUGUGCCUAACUUUUUAAGUGAGUCUGAAAAUGUAUCAUACAAGGAAAGCUUGUUAGCGAAUCCACUCAUGAGAGUCUUUAAAUGACCAUAAAUGUUGUUACUAAAUGGUAGGAACUUAAGUUUUAUUGAAUUAUUCAGCUACUGUUUAUCACUUUGCACGCACAAAAAAACUUUCGAUUAACUUAAACACUAAUUCUUGCUGAAUUUUGCUUGCUUUGUCAAGAGUCUUUAUCGUGCCUUUACUGGUUUGUUUACACAGACCUCUCGUUCCCAUGAUCAUGUCUUCUAUCGAUUAAAGAAUAAAUGUUCCCAAUUAAUCAGGCAUGAAGUAUUUGUUGACCUUGUAAGGCUCGAAGAGGAAAGAAAAAUUUCACACUAUCGAAGAUAUUGAUGUUAAAUCGAGCGUAUUUCAUCGAUUGAAAAAAACAAAUUUCAUUAAUAGGCUAGUUGAGCGUGCGAUCACCGUCUUUGUUCUUCCUUGUAGUUCAGCAGAAUAUUAAUGCAAAGGGCUAUGAAUAGACUCUCUAAUAUUGGUUUUCUUGGGCAUUUUAUACCUCAAGGUCAAGGUCUCUAAUGUAAGUUAUAGACCAAAUUGUCUUGUUCUUGGGUUAUGAAUCAAGGGAAGAAAACAAACGUUUGUAACUUUCAGUAGCGAUUGAAAGGUCAAGGUUGGUUGGUUGGUUAUAACAUUCUGAUUAUGUAUCUUAUGAGUUUUGGAAAACAUGUUUUGUCACUUAACUGUUAACAAAAGCAGCUUUCUUCCUCAUAGUCUUUUAGGCCCUAGGAAGUGGUGGGAACAAGAAAAUUUUGAUGAUCAUCAUAAUAUAUAGACUGAAUUUAAUGAUGAGGAUAUGACUUAAUCACACAAUAAGGAAUGUCAUAGGCUAUGUGUAAUUGAAAUUCAAAUUUGAGGCAUGGAAAUUACUCAGCCACUAUCUAUCUAUCUCAACCCAUUGUUCCUCUUGGGGUAUAGGCUGUCAACAACAGUCUGCCAGAGACCUCUGUCUGGGUCAUUCUUUCUAGUUGGCUGGUCUUUCUGACAUCAACCUUGAGGUCAUGAUGCCAGGUGUUCCUUGAUUGCCCUCUCUUUCUCUUACCCUGGGGAUUCCAGCACAGGACUUGUCUUGUGACACUUGAUAUUGGUUUGCAAAGGGUACGCCUUAUCCAUUUCCAUCUUUGCCUUCUGAUUUCACCUUCUACUGGUGUUUGGUUGGUCUCCCUCCAGAGGCCUGUGUUGCUGAUGAUGUUUGGCCAGCCGAUCCCUAGAAUUCUUCUUAGAAUUCUUCUCAAUCAGCUGCACAAGGCCAAAAUCAGUAGCCUAGUCUAUAGUUCCCACUUUUUGUGCCCCUUUCUCCCAGAGUUCAGUGUGACACACUAACAUCUAUUUUUUUUCACUGAUUUUUUUUCACUUGCACAAAAGAAUUUGCCAAAAAAGGAAUGACUCCUUGUAAUCUAAAAGAGGGUUUUAGAUUUUGUUAACUUUGUGUGAUAAAAGUUUACCAGCCUAUUAUUUUGUCUUUAAUCAAACACCAAAUGUUGGAGUUUUCAUUCUUUUUAGGAUUAUGCAAAAAGCACAAUGAAUGAGUUAUUGGGCAUGUUUGGUUAUGAAGAAGAAAUAACAAGAGAAGCAGUAGAGGAACUUCAAAUCAGGUUACUUCCUGAUGAAGAUGAUGAACAAGAAAACAACAGUGCUCUUGUAAAGUCAACAGAGACAACAGAAACUGAGAGUGCUGAGCCUGUUGCUGUUACUCUUAAUCCCAAUGAGGCUCCAGUUGUGGUGCAAAUACCAGGUACUUGUUAAUCCUUUAAAUCCUAAUAUGUCUGUGAAUAUUCUCCAUGCUUCUCCCUAUACAUUUGCUAAGGCACUGACAGAGAUAAUUUGUUGAAUAAUAGGUAGCCUCUUUCUCUUUAGUUGUUGAUCAUUUCCUUUAUUCUCAUACCUGUAAUGUGUGAUUUAAGGGUAAUAUUGUAGGGGGAAAUUGGAUGCUACUCACUCUAAGGGGUGAAAAGGUUAAUGACAGAAUUGUUAAAAUUUAUUAGGUUUUUAUCAUUUUAAAGGAACAUUGAACAGUACAUUUUGUUAGCUCACUGUUCCUGCUAUAAUCAGAAAGAAAAAGAAAAGGCAGAAAUCAGCUCCUGGUUGAUUUAAGGUUUGGUUACAUGAAUAAAGAUACUUUAUACAUCUGUAAUUCUUUUCAUUUUAAUCAAUUAAAGGUGAAGAAAAUAGUGGCAAUCCAAGUGUAGUGCCUUUACCAGCUAUGAAAACUGAAGUAAGUUAACAUUACCUUAUACAGUAAAAGCUCAGUUUAUCUUUUUUUUCUUUUUUCUUUUUUUAAUAUCCUGACUUGCUUCUCUGGUCCCAUUACCUUAAAACACUUGCAAAUUCAUAUUUUCAUUAUCCAAACUCUAUUAUUUUGAUUACUAUGCUCAGUCCCUACCAGUCAGGAUAAUCAAGGUUUGACCAUAAUAGACAUUGAGCAGUUGCCCUUGAAAACAUCAAGCUGAUCCUAACAUCUUUCUUGAGUUCAUGACCAAGUGAAAAAUGUACUGUCUUUCUUAUUCUGUUAAAACAUUAUCGUCUUAUCAUCUUUCAGUGUUAAAAAUCAAUUCUUCUUAUCAAUUCUCUAACUGGAUCUGUUAUGGUCCCAUAGGUAGUUCCUAUGUCCGAAGUGCCACAAGCCACACCAGAGCUUUGUAGUUUACCAAGUGGUGCAACUGAAAGUGCUAAAGCUGGAACUGCUUUGGUAAGUUUUUUUUGUAAUCUAUGUAGCUAUCUGUAAAAACAUUUAAAUAUGCAACAAGUUAAACAUUCUCUCACCAAAGGGAUGUUUUAAUUUUUUUUAAAUUUUAUCUAAUUAUUGGAAUUCAUUUCCUUAUAUUUGACAUGUGGGAAACAGUGAAUAACCCUUGCCUCUUACUUAGUGGAUAUUUAAAUUUCUCCUGUGUUUUCAACUAUUGAUCAUAUUUUAUGGUUGUAAAAUAGGUUGCUUUUUAUAUUUAUUCAUAAAUCUUUAUUUAAAACAACAUACAUGACAUACAAUUAGAAGCUUAUAACCCUGCUACAAUGCAUAGACUCUAUUCCAACACAUUACCUACAAUACAUCACAUAGGAUACAUUACUUACAAUCAGCAGCUCAUUGAAGGAUAGUUUGCUUGGUCUUCAUGGUCUUUCUUCAGAUUUCAUGUAUUUAUUUGUGGAUGGCAGGCAAUCUUGGCUUAAAGAUUCUCUGAACCAGGAAGAUCAUUGCAUGACAAACAGUCUGUGAUGUAACAGUGAGCUACAUGGAACAGCUUUACAUGAUCCUAAAAUCUUUGCCCAAAAUUUAAAUUGCUGGCAGUUUCUUCAUUUAACCUAUUGACAUGAUAGGGUGUAUAAUACUGAAGUUUGUUAUACGCAGGAGACUGUAUGUCUCUCAAUUGGAAGUGCGUUGUUAAACUUAUGUGACAGACUGUUCUGCAACAUUCAGUUUCUCUGAAUUUUGUCCCAUUUCUUCUUUUUGAAACACUUCCUUCACUGCACUGGUAUUCCUGAGAACAGAGGUUUGAAAAUAAACAACAUUGUCUCUUUCAAAAUGUUAACAGAUAAGAGAAUUGUACUCAAAAGCAAGGAGAGUUCUUUGGUGGAAAAAAAAAUUGUAAUGGAAACUAAAUUGAUUGAAAAAGAUUUGCAUGGAUACAAAAUGCAAAGAGGUAGACACUUUUGAAAUUUCAAGGAUAUUUACCUGGCAUUCUCAGAAAAUUUUUGAACUUCUGCAAUGUUUAUUAAGGGUUCAAAAAGAUUGUUUCAGUCUUCUAAUGUUGGGUUUGUCAAAGUUUAAAAUAUUGUCUAAAAUACCAUUUGACGAGGGUUUUUUGUGUUACAGUAGUGAUGAAACUGAUGCAUAAUUAGGAAAUUUUGGCAAAAGUUUUCCAAAUGUCUCGAGUCCCAAUGUGUAGCUUACUUGUACAUAGCAGUGCUUUGUUUGCAGUGCCUGGUUUGUUUAAAUGCAGUCAGAGAGCACAAAUGCAUUAUUUUGAAAGUAGACAAUGUUGUUGGUUGCAGCUGUACUUUAUAAGUUUGAAAUCUAACCCUACAAUUAUCUUAUUCCUUUUUUCCUCCAAGCACCCAAUUUAGGCCAUCAGACUAUUUUCAAUUCCAUGCAUCACAUUCAUUGUAAUAAAGGCAUUGUUGACCUACCCCUCCCAUGUGGCAAAUUGUAAUUGGAAGUCCCUGCAGCUGCAGCCAGUAAUUUGAACCUCUGUUCUCCUUUUCCCAGGCCCCGCAUUUCCUUGCCAAGCCUCCUAACAUCAAAGGAGUGUACUGUGUUGUGGCCUCCCUACCAGUUGUGAACAACUCAGGCAAGACAAAUAUGGUCUUUAAGUUCUGGAACUGUAUCAUGUGUUCAGAAUACUUUUAUCAGAAACCAGAAGUUGUUUUCCGUGUGGAACAUCCUCAUUUAUUUGGAAGCCAUCCCGACUGGCUCUAUCAGGCUGCUGUUUGCCAAAAAUGCCACCACACUUUGAAAGCUUCCAAAUCAGGCUUGUCAGCAGACUUGCAUCCAAAGGAGGCUACCAAUGUAUCUCAUGUAGAAGUCACUGAUGACAACAAACUGGAUGGUGGGAAGUUAAGCUGGAAACUUCUGGUGACAAAUAGUUCCUCCACAGCUUCUGAUUCUACCAUAAAAAAUCACAAUCCUGUUAGUUCUGUAGAGAAGAAGGCAGCAUUGCAGUCAACUACAGCUCACAGCAGCACAGAACUCAGAGACACAUCAGAGCUUUUGUUUGAUUGUUAUAUUUGUUCAAAGCAAGUACUUAAAAAUAGUCGUCAUGGGAAGCUCAGAAGGAGCAAAUUCCCUACACUUUUUAGUAAUUUACCUGAGAGUGUUGGCAUUUUAAAAGGAUGCUUGACAUGCUGCGAAAGAUUGGCUCGUCAACGUGAUAGGUAUGUGACUGCAGGUAUCUCAGAAGAGGACAGAGACUAUGUUGCACACAUCAAGAUAUGGACUGGCCAAGACAUUAGUAAUAAGUUGGUAUCAUCUGGCUCCAAGAACAGCAAUUGCUCAACUUGUUUUAUGUGUGACAAAUACAUCCCAGAGAAUUCGCAGAAAGAGGUCAAGACAUUGAACAGGGUCAAGUUUCCAUCACUAUUCUCAACUGUUCCAGAUCAGAUUGUUAAGUUGAUAAUUUGCGAUGCUUGCAAUAGGAAACUGCUUAAGGUCAAACGUAGAUUUGAAGAGGCUCAAACAGCAGAGGAGGAAAGAGACUAUUGGUUGUACAUCAAUAGCUGGCGAGACCAAAAGGGUUUAGAAAAACACAUGUACAGUAAAAUUUAGUAGAAGUGUACUGAAUUAUUUCACUACUCUUAAAGCAUCAGAAGGCAGUAGAGGGCCGUUAUAUAUUUUACUUCACUAAUUAUUCUUGUAAAUUAUCUCCAAAAGGCCUGUCAGGAGCAUAGAAAAACAAAUAAGGAAAAGAGCUACAAUUAUACUAAAUUGAAUGAUCCAUGCAUCAAUAUUCAUGAUUUAACAGUGGUGAUGAGAGCAGGGUUCCUUUGAAUGAAGAACACCUAAGACUUGUAUUAUACUCAGUGGUAGUUCUCACAAAGAACUGUUAGUUCUUGGCCCAAGUGUCAGAUAUUCAGUCUUGUUUAUUUUAUUUCAUUAUAUAGUUUUUCAAACUUUUUUAUUUUUCGUGGGCAACCUUGUUUAUCUUUUUACAAUCAAACCUGUAAUAAAAGAAGACAUCCAGAGAGAACUUGUGUGGCACCUUUCUGCAUCAUCUCUAGUCUUUCUCUGAGCUCUUUUCACCACAAUCAGUCCAUGUUGGUGGUGUUUUGUCCUUCCUGUCAUCUAGACACCAUUGUCUAUUAAGUUAUUUACUUACAAGAGUUACAGUACAACGUUAUGUCUUCUGUACUUCGAGCUGCAUGCUAGUCUACCAGUAGAAAGUCAGGGUUGAAACAAUGUCCUUUAACGCUUUCCCUCCCAAGAUCUCAUUGGUAACUCUCUUUACCUUCUGUUAUGCAAUUCUUUUGCUGUUAGUUUGGAGAAUUUGGUAUUGGAUCAAUGAAUAUUCUCCUAGUUGAUGUUCUUCUUUACUCUUAUCAGUUAUCUGCUUUUUAUUGUAAUGAUUUUGUAAGGAAGAAAUUUUCUUGUUCACUUAAGAGAUGGGAUUGAAAUUGUUAGCAAGUUUUAAGAUGACAAAAAUAGCUUGUCUGGCAUUUUGCAUGUUGAUCUAUCAUGAUGAGGUGACAAAAAAAAAAGUACAGAAUUUUUUGCUUGAUAGACAUGUUGGGGUUUCAGUAUUUGAACUUUUGCCUUACAAUGGUGAAGGGAAUGAAGAAUCCUGCAAACACAGUCUCAGUGAUAUUUCCAUUUGCAGAUUAUCCUUCAUGCAGAAAUUAAUUUUUUUUUUUUUUUGGGGGAGGAAGAAAUGAAAAAUGAAAAUGUAUCUACAUGUAGGUACAAGAUAAAGAGUAGCAUUCUGCAAAUAUGUGUGAGUUUGUCAAGUGAUACUUGACUUGGUUAAAUGAAGUCUGUGAGAAAUGGAAGUGAAUAGCAUUGUGAACAGUUUUCUUGUUGACUUAACAUUCACAGAGCAAGACAACACCAAAUAAAGCACCUACUUCUAGUGAUCUGCAAAGACCAGAGGUGGAUGAGGGUAAGAGUUACUUCAUAUGUUAAUUGCAUUUAGUGUGAAAAAAAAUUAAAAGGUUUUGAAGUACAAUUGACUCUCUGCUAACAAACACUGUGGUAGCAGGUAGCAGUUCUGCUUACAGACAAUUUUUUAAAUUCCUGUUUUUGCCUCCCAGUCAAACAUUUCUUGUAUGUACACAUUCACAUAAGCAGAUGCAGACACUUUUAAAAGUGAAAAUUUGAUUUUUACUUUGUUUAUCCUCACUAAUAAGAAGAGACCCUGUGCAAGAAUAUGACCUCUGAGAAACAGAACAGAUGGGAUUGGUUGUGUCAAAUCACCUUUUGUCUGCAGGAAAGAAAGUUGUCCAUACCUUUGACGUAAAAAAGGAGUUGGACAUAACUCUCUCCCGUUAGUAGACAUCCCUUCUGUUUUUCUUCAGUUGUCAGCUCAUGGCAAUAAUUCCCAUAGGUGGACAGUCCUACUAACAAACAUUUUCUCUAAUGCUCAAGGAUGUCCUCAUACGCAAGAGUUGAAUUUAUGUUUGUCAACUCCAAGUUUAUCAGUUUUUCAAGGAAACUUAAUAUGUGCUCACUUUUUGUUUUCCUCUCAAGUUGUGAUUGUAACCACCAUGAUCCAUUGAUAUUGGGGGUUACUGUUCAAACAGUAGCCAGAAGUUGAGAAUCCUUUUUCUACAGGCUUGCUGAAAUGUUUAAAAUGAUAGCUCAAACCAUAACAGAAAAUGAGUAAAAAACUAAAGAAUUGUCCCUUAGAAGUGGGGCUCAGAAGAAGUGAGGGGUUUUUAUGAACAUAAAAGAAAAAUGAUUUUUCCCAUUACAGUGAUAGAGAUCUACAGAGGUAUAUAUUUGCGACAGAGAAUUUAUGAAAGAUAAUUUAUUUGGCUUUAAUACCAAGUACAUCAAUUUGUUCCCUCUCAAUACCUUUGUGCUUGAUGUUUUUUUUUUCUUUUUUCUUUUUUUUUUUUUUUUCAGAGGAGUUCUUUUAAGAUUAAAGUUCAGUUUUGUCUUUGUUAAUAGGUGUACAGGUAACAUAUACAUCUUCACCAAGUAAGAAACCAGGACAGAAGUUUGGCUUGUGCAAAUGGUGCAAGAAAUCCAAUGUGUUGCAAAACUUUACAUCCAGUGAUGGCGAAAAGGAGAUCUCUUGCAAGGAUCUUUGCUCUGCAUUGUGCUUUGAACAGGCUGUAAAGAGCAUCAAGGAAAAUCAGUCCCACAUCAAUAACACUCAACAAAUGUCACCAACAAUUAAGUCUGGUGAGUUAGCAAAGGGAAGGAUACUGUCCUUUUUGAUAGCUAACCUGGCACAUAUGCAUGCAUCUGCGCUCCAAUCUAUGACUGUGACAAGUAGCAAAACAUUUUGGAAACUAAAUUUGCAGCUAAAGUGUCCAAUUUUGUUACCUGUGUUUUACAGUCAUUAAGCAAGUUGUAACAUUUUAACUUCCAGGCUUUCAUUGUCUGAAGUUACAUUUAAAUCACAUCUGCACACCAUAGCACAAAGUGUCCUUUUCGGUUUUGUUUGUUUGUUCGUGUGUUUUGGUAAAUCAUUGCUGACUAAAUGCUUCUCAAUCCCCAAGGGCUUUGCAUUUCACAAGCAUUAUGGCAAAACUGAUCAAUCAGUUCUGAGGAGCCAGACCUGCAGCAUUCAAUGAUCAAACAAUCUUCUCAGGCUGUGAAAACAUCAGUCACAGAUAACAGUCCUUUUAGGGGCUUCUUUCAGCCAAACAAUCACAGUACACAACUGUCUCUGGCUCAAACCUUUUUUACUGAAAUACCCUUUUUUGUGUUCCUUUUGAUCUCUACGUUAAAAAGAGAAAACGUAAAGGAAUACACUGCAAGUCCAAACAUUUUCCCCUCUAUUCUGCUCACUGAUUUUGAGCCAGACUCUUCCUCUUUCAAUGGAUUAGUGAUCGAUAAUCGAGAGACAAAAAUGGUUUUAUGUUUUUAUCUUGCAGUUUCAAAGAAGUCAGCACCAUCUGCUCCUAUGACUCGUUCAGCAACAAGGGGAAGUGUGGCGUCAGGCAAAAGUAGCUAUCAUUUACAUUUGCCUUGUAGCUCCACAAACUCAUAUCUGCUUCUCUUCCCUUGUCUGGCUCUUUUUCUUUUUCUUUACAAAUGCCCCUCGCUAAAUUAACACAUUGAACGAAAUUCAUGCCAUCACGUUGUUGCUCUGUGGCGGUUGCAUCCAUGUUAGGCAUGUGUAGUUCGUUGAGUUUUAUCCAAUCUUCGCAACCACUUUAACAAUAAAAACUAAAAGGUUCUACUUUGUUGAUGACGUCUGCUUGAGCUGUCAACGUGACAGGCACUGUCACAGAUAGCAGUCCUUUUCAGGACUACUUUCACUGUUCAUUUAAGGAACGCAGUUUCCCUCCAUCCAGGAGUGCGACUAGGAUGUGGAAAUGCUAUAUUUAAGCUAGAGGGAUGAUCAAAAUUCCUAGUUGCUUUGAGCGUUGGAAGCUAUGAGAUAAGCUUGAAUUGUUCUUGGCAACUCCUGAAAUUUAAGGGCGAGCAAGAGCCUCGUUUAAUCAUUCUCUUCACCAGGCAAAGUGGUUUUAGUGUACAAAUAAAGUUGUUGAGCUGUGUCAUUUUUUAUUUUUCUCCAGCGAAAACCGAUGGAAGUACACCUAAGAAGAUUCCCCCCGCGCUAGGUAAUGAACGAGCAAUUGAUGUAGGAUAUGUCGUCAAAGCGUGGGUGGAACUGGAAGUAGAUAAGUCGCCAAAAUAAAUGAAUCUUUUAAGGCCCGUGACUGUCAAAUAUAUGCUAUCUUCUAAAGGUAAUGCGUCGAUCAAUGGUACAUUUCAACUUCUCCCCUCCCCCCACGGCAACCCCUGGGCAUUUAAACUUUGGAAGAUUGACAACCCCACCUAGGCAAGGUUUAAAUUCCCCACCACCCGGGAAAGGAUUAUAGUGGGUUGUCCCGGGGACGGGGGAUGUUGAAGCUUCCAAUCGAUCGUCGCGUAAUCGUUGGUUUUCUUUUUUCAGUAAAGCGCUCAGUUAAUGGUUAAAUUCACUGUGUGGUUUUUAUUUCAGGGUUUGUUCUGUUUUCCUGGGAUGAAUACCUCGCCAAGACAAAUUCUGAAGCGGCCCCUUGGGGUUAUUUUAGACAGGUUAGCACUAUAUAUAUGUAUAUAUGGAAUUUAUCUUAAAACUGCGCCUUUCAUUAGUUUGUUUUAUUUGCAUUAUGGCUACCCACCAUCAUUAAAAGUUGUAGCGAUAUAAAAUAUUCUGUCUGCUGCUCUUUCGUUCCAUUUUCGUACCUUGUCGUCCACAUAGUUACUACUUGUUUUUCUUUCAAGGCUAUCACGAUUAAUUCGAUUGAAUUGGAAAUAACUAAGAAACGGUAGUAUGAAGAAAUUGGAAAUUAUUUUUGACGUUGUCCACCUGAAUUGAUCAGCUUGUUUGCGGUCAAUUUUGGCCCAGUUGGUUUAGUCGCUGUUGUUCUUGUGCGGUAUUUUGUAAACCAAUCACAACUGACGGCGGUUGUGGGAGUAUGUCUCUUGGCCUGGUCUUUUACAGGCAAUAACAUCACGACAAAUCUGAUCAAACAGUUUUCUCGAACUAGACUUAAAUAAACAACUUUCGAUAGACAGAAAACCCUUUACUCAAAACUCGCAGAGAGUAGUCCUACUUCUCAGCCAACUCUCUCUUGAACUAUCAAAUUUUACAAUCGAUUUUGUGCACACUGAUAUCAGUUUUCUUUUUUGACAUGUAGGCUCAAGUACCUCCGUACAAUGGCUUUCAGUGCAGUAUGAAAUUAGAAGUGGCAGAUCCACGGAUAGUGGAUACCAUAUGUGUUGCUACUGUAGUUGGCAUAUUAGGACCGAGGAUCAGGUGUCGGUUUGACGGCACCGACAGUGCCAACGAUGUCUGGCACCUGGUGGACUCUAGAGAAAUCCACCCUGUAGGGUGGUGUGAGGGAAACGGAGGACGAUUGCAGCCUCCUGUAGGUACGUGUCUAUUGUAACGCACCAGUCAAAGAAAGAUUAUCUACCCUCGCCACACCCCUUCUCUCCCCCCAAUCCAGUUCAUCUAAUCAGGAAUCAGACCUAUCACCUUUGCAUAGUGGUGAAAUUAUUAUCACUCCACAAGAUGACUCUUAAGGUGUUUGUAAAUUUAUGUCGAGCAUUUUCAUCCACUUUUUUAACUGACGUAACAUUUUGUUCUUCUAGGUUUUCACCUUGAUCCUGGGAAGUACUCUACUUUUUUGGCAAAGACCCUUGCCAGUGCGGAACUGGCUCCUGUUCGGCUGUUUAAACGGGUUAGUAACUUCUUUGCGUCCUUCAAAGAGAGGUUAUUGUCAAUCGUGAUAUUCAAUUGGGGUUUACCUUUUAGCCUCAUAUGUGGCCUGUUCCAGGCAUUCACUAUAUGAAACAAAGCGCAAUGAACGGCGGAAUAGCUACAGAGGAUUAAAAACGAGCGAGGCUUGGGUCGGGUCGCGUUAUGAAUCCGACCCAAACUUCCCUCGUUUUUCUCGCUCUGCUGCUACUAUCGCGCCGUUUACUAUUUCGCUCCGUUUUUCUAACUGAACGCCUGAAGUAUGUUACCUCAUCCAGUGGCACACUCUUUAACACAUGAAAAGGUUCCAGAUAUUCAUAACUUGUACUGCGUGACUUUUUUAUGACUUGUGUUACUCUAACAUGAACAAAAGAAGAGCUCCAGUUUCCUUCAUCCUUUGCAGGAGCCGACAGCACCUAAAGAGAACAUGUUUAAGGUCGGCAUGAAGCUAGAAGCAUUGGAUCCUAAAAACCCUCUUCUCAUCUGUGUGGCUACUGUGGCCGAUGUCGACGGCGACAGAAUCCGCGUGGAUUUUGAUGGAUACCUUGGUUCAGAUUACUGGUGCAGAUACGACUCCAGGGAUAUAUUCCCAGUGGGUUGGUGUCACCUUAGUGGUCACCCUUUACAACCACCAGGUAUGAGGGGAAGUCUCCUUCGCAGCUGUUGCUUGGUUCCGUCACGAAUACAGCUGCUACGAGAUGUAGAAAAAGAGAGACAAGGAAAAAAAUUAGAAAAGGAACUACCAAACAAUAACUGGUUUAUUAACUUAGAACUGAUUCCUGUCGUCAAAGAACGGCACUAUACGACUUUCAAACGAUAUUAACACAACAAAGGACCCGAACUGAACGACCUGUCUUUCCAAGUGACCCAAUCACUGAUGACUUUCGCUUUUAGAGUCUUACUACCAAUCAUUUACUUUUUACUAACAAGACCUCUAUUGCACCUUCCUUGUCUCUGAUGAUGACUUCGACUCAAAUGGUCGAAAUGCCAGUCACUGGCAGCGGCUCCAUUCCUUUGAAGGUAUUUUCCAUUGAUUUUUGAUCUUGUUUGUUUUCCCAAGGUAAAACCAGGAAAGCGUUGAAAGUAAGGUAAGGUUUUUUUUUGCUUGACACUCAACACCCUAACAUCAGCAGGCAUGUUCUGUAUACUGUUCUCCAUACAUUUCGUAAGGUGCUGAUAACAAUCAAGACCUUCUUCUGUUGGUGAUCAUUUCCUCUAUUCUCGUGACCCCAAUGUUUGAUUCGGUGGAGAUCUUGUUGGGAGAAAUUCAAUGUUAGUCACUCUAGAGGUUUAAGAGUUUACUCAGUAACAUCAAAGGUUUGCGUCUUGCUCAUCUUUUGGAAUUUUACCACUAGUCAGCACGUUUCAGUCAAAACCGUGGUUACAGUGUAAAGGUUUUAGAGAAGUUUGCAGCUUUUUAUAUUUUGAAAUUUAUAAUAGAGAAUUCAACUGUGUGCCAAUUUAAGUGUAAGUGAUGUAAGUAUCACGAUCUAGGUGCUGCAGUGGUAGUAAGGUUGAAAGAGCUGACUUCUCAUAGUGCAAAGUCGCCUUAUUGCAUGACGAGGGGUCGUUGAGUUCCCCAUUCGUCAAAAAUAUCUUUUUAGCACAGCUGGUAUUUUGAUUUGAGGUAUAUUUGUUGCCUUUUAGUGGUAAGACAAAUGCUGUACCCGAAAAAUCUGUGAAGCCGGAAAAAGCUGCCAAGCUGGACAAAGCUGCUAAGUUGGAAAAGCCUGUUAAAACUGCCAGGCCGGAGAAACCUGAAAAACGUGAUAAGAAAAAAAUUAAGGUUACCUCGAGUGUUACACCUGCAACUGUGGCAACUUCUCCCGUCCCUACCCCUGUAGUGACAACACCAUCGUCUACUCGCUCAGGCUGUGAUUCUCCAUCUUCAUCCGGGAUAGAUCCUGAGGAUGGUGUCAAUCAUACAGUUCAAGUUUUCAUUAACCAUGCGUGCGAGGCUGGGCCCCACUUGAGUGCUGCCAAAGUAGCAGGGCUACCAACCUGUUUUCGAGGCACAGUUUUGAAUGUGACAAGAGACUGUAUUCAAUCUGUGGUGAACGCCGCCAUUGAACCCAGCGUCGUGUUUGGCUUUUUGAGAUCAGGAACUGGUCGCAUCAAGAUCACGGCUAAGGACGGGAAGCAGAUUUUGUCUUGUUACUUACAAGUUAUUGAUCGCGUGGCUGUGUUCUGGCGCGUGUUAGAGAAGUUCGCCGACAAUCUCCAGUGCUGUGAGAAUUUGCUGUGUGGAGAGCGCAUCACAGGACCAUGUCCGAAGUGUGGAAAGAGUGGUAAGAUUGAUUUUAUUCCAAAACUUGAUGAAAGACGCCUGCUAGCCACGAAUGGGGCUCAGAGGGCCAAAGUUCGUUUUCUUCUUGCACGCGGCGCACUCAUAUCAUUUAUUGUGUCAGCUUUGAAUGCAUAAGCAAUGGAUUUUUGACUGAUUUGGUGAAGCUCAGAGAGUGUAGUAAUCCGCUCGGUAAGAUUUUCGCACAACCCUAUACUUAAUCAUGCACAGUUCCUGGAUAAAAGGAAACUAUGGCGAAAACAACAGAUUGCCUAUGGAAUUACAACUUUGUUUUAGAAUAGAAUGGGGUUAUAUUGCAAAAGAACUUUUCAGCAGCUCUAGUUACCAAUUGAUCACCGCUAGUGGCUAUGGGAAAUCUGCUCGUGCGGUCAAGCGUGAUUGUAUUUCAGCCGUAUUUCACAGCUCAUUUCUCAUUUGGUCGUCAGAGAUCAUGAACAACUGAAGAACUUAAAAAUCAAAUCAGUAAGAAGACAUAACACCAAACCGUCCAAUAAUUUAGUUUAAACAUUUUUUGAUUUACUAUUUCUCCUCAGCGUUAAGACGAAACACGGUUUUGCCAGAGACACCAUCACUUACUGCAAAGAAGAGUACUGUUGGUUCAGUGAAAAGAAACGCAUAUAGUGAAUCCGAUCAACAACAGCAACCUAGCGCCAAACUUCCACGGAUUACUCUUGACGAUGAAGGUAGAACAGGAUAUGAUCAUCUGGAAACAGGAAAUUUACUGAAGGCGUUUAAAAAUACGUUCUUUAAUUUUUGUUUAAGCGUCGCGGGCGAGAUUUCCGUAGAACCCCAUUCUUCAUUCUGUGUACAAUCAAUUGAUAAAGGAAAAGAGUGGCCAAUACAAUUGUUUACCAUUGAGAAUAAUGCUUUGUUUUUGAAGAGUAUCGGGCUCGAAGGAAAUCUUUCCGCAUCGCUUACUCCGACUGCAGUUCGCUGAUUCUUUGUGCUGUGGAAACGCCUCAAGUCAUUUGUUCUUACACCUGUUCUUACCUUUUUUUUUUUUUUUUUUUUUUUUUUUUUUUUUUCAUUCCAUCAACACUUGACUUUACUCAGGCGGAUAUUUAGCAUGAGCAGGAAGCUGACACAAAAUUCAAAAUGUUUCAUCUUCUCUUUCAAAUGUUUAGUAACUUCUAUAUCACUCGACAUAAUACUGUUGUCUGAUCGAAAUAAUUGUAACUGGUCAACAUUUCGACUUCAACCUUCUUGUCUUUGUAUAGAUACAAGCCAGUCUCCACAAGUCUGUUCAACUUCGCCUCCCAAAACUUGGUCAGUGUCAGAAGUUGUAAAGUUUAUAGAAAAUUCCGAACUGGCUGAACAUGCGGAAAUGUUUAGAAAACACGUAAGUUGUUACUGGUUACAUUGUUUUUUAAUCUCUGAGAAUUGUUUUAAUGCAUGCAAAAGACGCGUUAGUACAGUAGCUCGUUAUGUUCGUUUUGUACAUACAAGGGGCUACUGAUUAGAACCUCCUGUUAGGGAGGCUUGGAUGGAAGAGUUCUCCAAAAGAGAGUUGGGGCCGAUAUCAAGCACGUUAAAACCGUUUGACUAGAAUUGAGAAGCUCAGGAAAACGUAGCCAGAGCGUAUUCAUAGCCCACGAGGAAACUUACGAUGGGUGCCAAACACUGGAAAAAUGUUACCAGUGGUAAGAAAAGACAGCGUGUUAGCACUGAUGCUAUUCGCGGGGACAAACGCUGUUAACUUACAACAAAUUACACCCGCCACCCAAACAUGUAACCAGUGCUAAACGUGGGAAAAUUUAACCAGUCCUAAGCGUGGGAUACAUACCAUGACCAGUACAUGCUGAGGAAAAAAGGAAGCCGUUUUUAAUGGGCGGGGAAGACAUGUAACCAGUGACACUCGUGAGAGAACGUGUAACAGUGCUUAGUGCGGGAAAAAUGUGAUCAGUGCUGAGUGCGGAAAAACGUGAUCACUGCCAAGCGCGGGAAAAAUGCGACCCAUCAUUGCAUGCCAAGCGCGGGAACAGUGUGAUAAGCGUGGGAAAGCAAGUGACCAGUGUGAACAGUUGGAAAACAUGUGAUCAGCGCAAACGCGAUAGCUAUUAACUACUUAAGUUUUAAUUUCAUCUUUUGUUUACAGGAAAUUGACGGGAAAGCUCUUCUUCUUUUAACUCGAGAAAUGAUUAUGUCCUACAUGGGCCUCAAACUCGGACCUGCUAUAAAACUAUUGUGCUUCAUUGAUGAACUGAAAAACAAGAAAUAUUCGUAAACUCGAACGACUUCUAUAGGCACAAUACGGAAUCGCUGUCUUAUCGUGUGGUUUCCAAUGAAUGUGGUAUUUCUUAGUGAAGUCGCCGAGAAGUUUACACACGGCAGACCAUAAGUUGGGGAAAGUACACUCCUGUGCGAUGGACGAGGUUCUUGGAGAAGAAAGAAUCAACCUCUACCUUUCAAGGCAGUCUUUUUCAUUUACACUUGUUUUUGUUCCGGCGAAUAGGGUAUUUUAAAAUAUAUUUAAACUUUUUAAUUGUACGCGAGCAACUAGAUAUAUGUCAUUCGAUUCAAAACGUUCAUGUGAUCAAAUUGUAAUAAAUUGGA